AUGAUAAGGAGAAACCAGACCUUCAACUUUGAAUUCAUCUUAUUAGGGAUCUUCAAUCAUAGUUCCACUCACAUAUUCCUUUUCUCUCUGGUCUUGUGCAUCUUCUUAGUGGCCUUCAUGGGAAACACUAUCAUGGUUCUCCUCAUCUACUUGGAGACCCAGCUCCAUACUCCCAUGUACUUCCUCCUUAGCCAGCUCUCUCUCAUGGACCUCAUGCUUAUCUGUACCACUAUCCCAAACAUGGCUUUCAACUAUUUGUCUGACAGGAAGUCCAUCUCUCUAGCAGGUUGUGGAACCCAAAUAUUCUUUUAUGUGUCAUUGCUUGGAGCUGAAUGCUUUCUGUUGGCUGUCAUGGCUUAUGACCGCUAUGUAGCUAUAUGCCAUCCUCUUCGAUAUACCAUCCUAAUGAAUCAGAAACUCUGUAUCAUCAUGACCGUAACAUCCUGGAUGUUGGGCUCUCUUGAUGGCAUCAUUGUCCUUGCAGCAGCCUUGUCAUUUUCUUACUGCAGUUCUCGGGAAAUUGAUCACUUUUUCUGUGAUGUUGCUGCCCUUUUACCACUUUCCUGCACAGACACUUCUGCAUUUGAAAAACUACUUUUCAUCUGUUGUGUGGUAAUGCUGAUUUUACCAGUUUCAGUGAUCAUUGGUUCCUAUUCUAGAGUCCUUCGAGCUGUCAUUCGUAUGGGCUCUGGUGAAAGUCGCCGCAAAGCCUUUACCACCUGCUCUUCACACCUGUCUGUAGUUGGACUUUACUAUGGUGCUGCAAUGUUCAUGUACAUGAGACCAGCUUCAAGCCAUACACCAGAACAGGACAAGAUGGUAUCAGCCUUCUAUACCAUACUCACACCUAUGCUGAACCCUCUUAUCUACAGCCUCCGAAACAAAGAGGUAUCCAUGGGAUUUCAGAAAUUACUGAAGAAAGCAAAGUUAAUAUAA